UUCAGUUUGAAGAACUCUGCCUGUGCAGCUUCUGACUUACACAAUCAUGGUUAAAGCGAAAACUUGGAUCCUCAAAAAACACUUUGAGGGCUUUCCUAAGGAAAGCAACUUUGAACUAAGAGAAGAAGUUCUGCCAGAGCUUCAGGAUGGAGACGUGCUUGUGGAGGCAGUCUAUUUAAGUGUUGAUCCAUAUAUGAGAUCUCUGAGUAAAAUGUGGAUAAAAGAGGGGGAUGUACAAUAUGGGACUCAGGUGGCAAAGGUAGUGAAGAGCAAGGACCCAGCAUUUCCUGAGGGAUGUUAUGUGAUUGCUAAUUGUGGAUGGAGGACACACACCGUAACCAAAGCGAAGGGUCCAGCUGGGCCCAUCUUGACCCGGAUAGUAUCAGAAUGGCCCAGUGAUAUUUCAAUGUCCCUGGCCCUUGGUUCCUUGGGGAUGCCUGGUUUAACUGCUCUGUAUGGCCUGGAAGAGGUGUGUAAGAUACAACCUGGUGAGACGAUUCUGGUAAAUGCAGCCGCAGGUGCUGUAGGUGCGAUGGUGGGGCAAAUCUGCAAGAUCAAAGGCUGCAAGGUUGUGGGAUCAGCAGGAGGUGAUGACAAGGUGGCAUACCUGAAAGAACUGGGCUUUGAUGAGGCCUUCGACUACAAGACUGUCCCCUCAUUGGAGGAAACACUAAAGAACGCUUCUCCUGCAGGAUAUGACUGCUACUUUGAGAAUGUUGGAGGGCCUUUCUUUACCGCAGCGCUGAAAAACAUGAAGCCAGGAGGUCGUAUCGCUGUCUGCGGUGCAAUAGCCACUUACAAUGAUACAACACCACAGAUGUGUCCUUAUCCUCACCAUGAAAUAAUUACACGACAACUGAAGAUGGAAGGCUUUAUGGUGAGAUCUUGGCAACACAAGGAUGAAGAAUCUAUCAAGAGAAUGCUUAAAUGGAUGAAAGAGGGCAAACUUAAGGCAAGGGAAGUGGUCACUAUUGGCUUUGAGAACAUGCCAGCUGCCUUCAUGAGGAUGCUGAAGGGCGAUGGACUUGGGAAGGCUAUUGUUCAAGUCUGAAGCAUGCUUAGAAAUCCAUCUGUUUACAUGAAGUACACUGUGACACAUUUGGAGAACCUGAAUAUGUGUAAGACAGGUAACCUAGUGUAGUCUGUUUGUGUCAAAAAGGUUCAGGGAAGCAAAUUAAAUCCCAUACUUGUCCACUAAGUGAUUUUGUUUUGAAGUGUCACUAUUUUAACUGUAUUUUACUGCAAUAUGUUUACAAAUAAAACAAUGUA